AUGAUAGCUGAUGAUCAAGACGAGAAAAUCAUGUUGGCGGCAUUAUUGGAAGGUAUUUGGCCAAGGAGCCCUUUUAUGGCCGAGCUGGCUAGAAAAACCAUUUUCACUUUACGGGAGUUCAUGGAUAGGGCUGAUGAUUUUGUUAAUGCUGAAGACACCUUGAUCGUCUUAACCGUCCAACUAGAAAGAAGGAAGAAAAUAAAAGAAGAAGAACCAGUCAACGAUAACGAGCGGCAAGCUAAGAAGUACUGCACUUAUCACAAGACAAUGGGACACAGAACCAAGGAUUGGAGAAUAUUAUUUGACAAUGGAAGUUCGGCGGAUAUUCUAUUCUACGAUGCUUUCAGCAAAAUGGGAAUCGGCGAAGAUCACUUAAAACCAACACCAGCUACGUUGAAAGGUUUCACUGGAGAUGCGGUGCAACUGAUAGGGUCCAUUACAUUGCCUAGAUAUGUGGGUGCCGACCCUUAUGUCACCACGGCGAUGACUGAGUUUUUAGUAGUAAGAACUCAAUCAGCAUAUAAUGCGAUCAUUAGGCGACCAACGUUAAAUACUUUAAAAGCUAUCACCUCGACCUAUCAUCUAAGAAUGAAGUCCCAGACAAGAGCUGGGAUAGGCGAGGUGCAUGGCGAGCAGGUCUUAGCCAGAGAAUGUUAUGUACAAGAACUCAGACAAGGUCAAAGAGAGGCCAGCAUUGGAGAUACUAAAGAACAUACUGUCCUCCCACCAAGGCCCCAAGUAAUGAUAACGGAGCUAGAAACUAGAGAUGAGGAUGCUCUAAAGCAAGGGGAGGCAGAUGAGCCCCUGGAGUUGGUCACUCUUGAACAGAAUCAUCCUGAAAGCCAUAUAAAAAUCGAAACUAAAUUGGCACAGAAGGAAAGACAACAACUAAUAGAUUUCCUUCUAGACCAUAAAUAUGUAUUCGUAUGGAAUCAUAAAGAUAUGCCCAGGAUAGGCGAGGAGGUCAUCGAACACAAGUUGAAUGUAGACCCAAAAGCACGCCCAAUAGAUCUAAUAGUAGAUGCAAUAGCAGGCCAUAAGAUGUUAAGUUUUAUGGAUGCUUAUUCAGGAUACAUCCAAAUCAAGAUGAAGGAGGCUGAUCAAGAGAAAACUACUUUCAUAACCGACCGAGGGUUAUACUGCUAUAAGGUGAUGUCUUUGGGUUUGAAGAUUGCCCCGGCGACUUACCAAAGGUUGGUGAAAAAAAUAUUUAAAGAUCAGAUCGGAAGAAACAUGGAGGUGUUUGUCGAUGAUCUCCUAGUGAAAAGCAGGGAGUUAUACCAACACGUGGAAGACCUUAAGGAGGCUUUCCAGGUUUUUCGUUGGUACCAAAUGAAACUCAAUCCAACAAAAUGUGCAUUCAGAGUGCAAUUGGGAAAGUUCCUUGGUUUUAUGGUGUCAGAGAGCGGAAUCGAAGCAAACGCCAAGAAACUCAGAGUUAUAAUAGAGAUGAAGUCGCCCACAAACUUGAACGAAGUACAGAGGCAAGAUUGCAACUGUUAA